AUGGCGCCUUUGGAGGAUCCUGCGGAGCUAGCGGAGGCCGCUCACCAAACGGGGGAGCAGUUUGCCAGUGUGGUGGAAGGGGGCGCCGAGGGUAUCGCAAACUCAGGAAAGGCAAUUGCAGGGGCAGCGGCUGCAGCGGGCGUUCUUGCGGGACAGAUCGGCAAGGUGGUCGGAAAAACCACAUCUCUAGUUAGAGACGCUUACGGACCCGACGUUGAGGAUCAGAUCAGUAAUUACCAGCACGAUGACCCCGUGAAUGUCCUGGAACAGAUCGAGGGUGCGGUUGGGCUUGCGAAAGGCGAUGUGGAUUUGGAAGGGUUUAGGGAGAAGCUCGCUGACGUCAUUGAUGAGGUCAGCGAUGAGGUGAAGCUGGCGGCGAGCCAGGCGGGCUUGGCGGCGGUCGCUGCAGCUGGGGCGGCUCUCAACCGGGACGAAAAGGAAACUCCGAAAGCCUACGCUUGCGCCGUGGUUGAAGAACCAAAGAAAUGGGCGGUGGGGAGUGCGACAGCAGGUUCAUCUAAAGCCCCAACAAAGCAACAAGCAGAGCCGUCUGAGACUGGUCUGCCUGCGGGGGAGGACAAGAAUGCGAGAAAGAUUGAGGGCCUGGUGGCGUCGCAGUUGAAGCUGGAGGUUUCGGAAGCGGGACCGGUGUUAGAUGCAGAACGAGGCGUGGACAAAGAAGGAGCUGCGGUGGUGGUUGUGGACGCACUGAAAGAGCGGCUGGCCGACUUCGCGGGUGGCGUCGAGGAGGAGAUUAAGAGGAAGCAAGCGGAGCGAGAUGCAGAAAAGCAGAGAGAAAGGGAUUCGGAAGAGAAAAGCAGAGAGCAUGAGGAGAGGCAUCGCGACCAGAAACCCAUCGUCCGGGGGGGUCAUUCUGUGGGGGAAAACGGGGGAGGGAGACCGAACCGGGGCGGGUUGCAGAGACAGAUAGGGGCGACUAAAGUGCGGGUUGGCCGGGAGCGGCACAUCCCUGUGAACAAGGCGGAUUUGAUUCCAGCGAUGCGGGACUUGUUUGAGGACGAAAGGGAUGCGGCCGGGUUUGUGGCGGUGUGUACGUCAGUGGAGUCGAUCUUGCAUGCAGAGCACCAGGUUAUUAUGGAAGAGCUGCGCGCCGACUACGCCCUCACCCACACAGAGGAGAGCGAUGACGAUGCUGACGUCAGCAACCAGGCGGGAACGCUCGCCGCGGGAAGCUCCGCCCGGAGAGGGUCUGAGUCAGACGACGACCGGAAGUCUCUGGCAGCCAAAAGCGGCACUCUUUCCGAGGACGAAUCCACUGAGGCGGGGCUGGGAAAAGUCUCGUCCAAAAUACUGCAAAAGCUGCUCGGGUCACGGGAGAAGAAACGGGCAGCCCGGAAAGCGAUUGGCAAAGUCAAGAAGGCUGUGAGUGGGGACGAAGACGGUUCCAGCGACGAAUCCGGAGGGAACGGGGCGGGCCGGGUCGGAAAGAUUGUAUUAUCGGAGCCGGGAAGGGGAUCCCUCGUUCAGUCGAAGUUUAGUGACGUGGCAGACGAGGGGAAAGCGCGCCGCAGCGUGAGGGACGACGCGAGCGAGCGGUUCGAGACGAACGUGCUGGAGAUCCUCAGCCGCGGCCAGUUCGAGGCGCUGACGUCAGCGGACCUGGAGCUGACGGCGGCGCUGAACGAGGACUACCUGCUGACGCUGCCGAUCAACGUGGACUGGAAGAGCUCGUCGAAGGAGGCCAUCAUUUUUCGGCGCGGCUAUUCCGUGGAGCGCGAGAGCGGGCGCAUGACUGGCCCCAAGACGGACUACCUCCAGUCGGUGUUCCUGCAGAGCCUCUUCCAGGGCGCGGUGCGCCCGCUGUACGAAGUCGGCACCAAGAUCCGGAAGACGUACCAGGCGGUGUCGAACGAUAAGAACAUUCGGCCGGUGCUACGCAAGGUCGAGCGGUGGCUGGGAGAGCCGCUGCCGGUGGAAGGAGAGGGCGAAGGAGAGGGCGAGAUUGCGGGCCCCGCCGUUACCGAGGCCCGGAACGGCCCUGUCACGGUCCCCCGUUACGAGGCCUUCCUUUCAUCGGCUGGCUCCCGGGGUUUGCUCAUCAAGAAGUUGCUCAUCAGCCUGGGCCUUGUUCCGGAGGAGAGGGACAAGCUGGCGGACUUAGCGGAGGAGAUUGCGAGGCGAGAAGCGGAGCUCAGCCCCCGUUACGUCAGCCGCGUCUCGAUGCAAGACGUCUUCCGCCCGUCCCUGGAGAAUGUCUCUGGGGGCAGCCUCUGGGACCGGGUUAAGGCGUCCGCCGGGGUUAUGUUCGCCCAAACCACCCUUCUCGAGCCCGCUUACCGGGAGAUGGUUAUCUUGUACACGCCAAAACCCUCGGACAGCAAACCCACUCUCUGGCAACGCUGGGUCCGGCGUCCGAAAAACGCGCUGCAGCGGCGGUUUAGGAGGGAGGUCGCCGAGGGGGGGUCGGAUGACGGGCAGGAUGAAGGGGGGGAAGUGGGGGACGAGGGGAAGUUGCAGCUGAACAUGUAUAAGGACAUUCCGAUCCCGGAGCUGAAGGUGGUGUUCCCGGACAAGAAGCUGUCGUACCGGCUGCUAGACACGGUUCGGCUUGACUUAACCACCAUCUUGGGUAUACUCGCCUUCGGGCUGCAAUACCGCUUCGACGACCUCAACUCCAUCUCCAACUUCAUCUUGGACGCGAUUGCCUUCGCCUCCCUGUCCUACUUCCUGUUCCGGACGUCUCUCUCGUACGCUCGCACCUUUGACCGAUACCGGCUGCUCGUGAACAAGACCCUGUACGAGAAGACGCUGGCCAGCGGCUUCGGUGUGAUCCACUUCAUCGUGGACGCCAGCGAGGACCAGCAGUUCAAGGAGGCGGCGCUCGCAUACGGCCUCCUAUUGAAGGCCGACACGUGGCAGACGCAGCAGGGACUGGCGCGGGACUGCGUGGCAUUUUUGGAGCAGAGAUGCGGCGCGCAGAUUCUCAUGCCCGUGGACCGGGCGCUCGAGACGUUAAUCCGCUUGGGACUGGCGGAAUCCACCACGAAAGGCGACCUGAAGCGGGCGGUCAGCAGCGGAAGGUCGCCGGAGACUGCGGACGACGGCCUGGGUGCAAGUCGACAGACGCCGAACGGUUCGUCAAUCUCGGAAGAAGCGGAAAGAGAGGCUGGGCGGGACGCCGAAACUUUGCAAUUCGACCAAGGGCUUUCGUUUGGGGAAGAGAGGGAAGGGGAGAAAAGAAAAGCGGAAGUGGAGACUGAGAACCUGCAAAUGAACGGAACGGGGUCGGAGAAGAACGGGGUGUCGACAGUUGCGGAAGCGGAACGAGGCUCGAAGAGCAGAACGGAAGAGCGAACCAGGACUCCGGGACAGGCCGCAUCAGCGGAAUCCGUGCAGGUUGAUCGGAACGCACGGGCGGAAAGCUCGGACGGUCUAGCAAAUGCGCGAUCGAGGGGUUUGGAGGCGCAGGCGGAUUCGGACGGGCGGACGGAAAGGACGGAAAGCUUGGACGGGCGGGCGGAACGAACGGAAGAAGGGACGGCGGAACGGAGCGGAAAGGACGGGGAGCUUGUCUACCGGGCGAUUCGGACAGGGGAAGCGAUGCCCGGGUUAGAGCGGCGCUGGCUGGGGCUGCUGAUGCGGCCGUCGGUGUGGGCACUCAAUAAGGAGACGCACUGAGCGGAACGGUAGCGGAAGCGGAAGCGGAAGCGGAUCUGGGCUGGGUUGAAACGGGAAUGGAAGUUUGCGAAGUGACGAGCAAGGGGUAAUGCAGGAUGCGUGAGUCUGGGGAUUUUUUGGCCCGAGACCAUGGCUGAUGGAUCGGUUUCUUCAGACUCUCUCAAUGUGGGGUAUUGUGGGCCGACCGCCAAAUCUCGUUGGUGAACGUUAUUCUGGUGAGAGGAGUACUCGAGUACUUGGCAGCUCUUGGGGAAGAGAUCCGCCGGAAGUGUCCGGUUGUGAAGUGACUUUCUGCGUCUGAGCCGGAUUGCAUCGAAGUCAGGAAACGCACGCUAUUGGGUUCUUGAAAGUAAUAAAAGUCAACAAUUGCAUCUUGAUUCUAGAUAGAUUUAGCAUCAUACCGCCCUAGGCUGACGCGCAUAGACUAGCGACCGUUAUUGAGAUAGGGAUAAGGUUAAGGAACGGUGUUUCAACUUUUAUAGCUCCCGGAAUUUGUUUGGGCGCCCGUUAGUCAGCGCCAAUUUGACACUGUUGUCUUAGCUUUUAGGUAUAGAUGCUUACUUUAAGAAUCGGUUAGCAAUUUAUGACCGUUGGUUAGUUGUACCUCCAGACACUGGACAUUUGUCCAACUAGGACAGCGGCACCAGGCAUGAGCAUAUGUAGUUAGUAGAGAAGAUUUAAACGUCUUCGCUGCUUCCCUUACGAGUUGCGGUCUUUCCAUCCCGCAAGCCAGCCUGAGCCAGGCUGUUCAAUCCCAUUCAGUCCGAUGAUCGCUUUAAUGCAGGUUGCAUUAAACCUUUAGUAAGUUCACAUAUAGCUAGC